AUGGCGCCGUCAAGUGGGCACCAGCUCAUUCCGAAGGUCUGGCGGGUAGCCAGGUUUGCCUUCGAAAAGACUGCGCGAGCAAUCAGGAACCGCCUUCCCGAUGCCCCUGAACCUCGAGCUCUCCAGCUUCAACCAGCAUAUGUUCGUCCGUCUGCUAGGACUCCUGCAAGCCGGAUUGCGGCCCUCCGGUCACAGACCCGUUCUUUCACCACUGGCCGGGUGUCAAGCCGUGCUGCGGCUAUCAGAACCGCUCAGCCGCUGAAGAUCGCCACCCAGGUCAGCCGUUUGACAACGAGGACCCCCUUUGCCUCGACCUUGCGUCCAAACCUCACAGGAGGUGCCUUUUGUCGGACAGCGGGAGGAUAUGCGAUCGGUGCGGGCAGAAUAGGCGGAGCGAGAUACUUCUCUAGCUCCCCAACUUGCCCCGCUCAAGUUAUCCAGAAUGUCUCUGUGGCAAUGCGUUCGUUUUGGCUGUCUGGCCAAAGAAUCCGCUUUGACGGGAUUGACAAGCGAACAGGCGCCAAAAAGUACAAAGUUGUAACUCCGCUACAGCAGGAGGCCGGCCGCAGGAUGGACGCCAUCUCCCCAGCAGCCUCAGGGUCCUACGUUGACUUCAAGAUCUCCCCAACCAUCACCGCCCUCGGAUGCUUCAAGUCCAUGCAAAAGGGAUCCUCGGUUUCAGCUGUUGAGCAGGCAACUCUCAACUCUGCUGGUCUGCUAGAUCUUCUAUCCGGAGACUUUGCUCGCGUGCUCAAGGAACUUGCCGCCGUCCUUAACGAUUUAAAGAAACUCGCCACUCUCGGCGACUUACCCAUCUCGUUACAAGACCAGUCUACCAUACGGGUGAGAUUCCCGGGAUGCGACGCAGAAACUGUGGAAAGUCUAUGUAUCGAGGCCGGUGUGCAGAGAGGUGUAGUCGGUCAGGACGAAGACUUUGAGAGCAAAAACGGGGCCGACAUAGCACUCCUCUUCCCCUUUGCUCCUAGCCACCAGCAUUCUGAAUCUGGAUCGUAUCUUCGUGAAAGUCCGCUAAUGCGAACGCCGGAGUACGUCAACUGGCAGGAGAUGAUGCUCUCGGACAACUCCAUCUCCCCUUUUGGUACGCCUGAUGGCGACUUUUCUCUCAUGAACCCGUCAGAAGAAAAUCCAUGGGCUCGUGUACCCUCGGCCUUCUCUAGCGUAGGCAUUAGCGAGCUGGGUGAUCGAGCGUUCUUCCCUGACAUACGCUACCCAACCCCUACCGCCUCUGACUAUGGAGGCAUCGAGGGAGUCUGCAAGUUUAUCGAGGAAUGCAAUAGAGCCAGCCGCUAA